UCAGGGCCGCAUGUGGGUCUAUAUGUUCUUUUUCCAGCUUUCCAAGUGUUGGUCCUGGAGAACCAGGCCAACAUCAUCACGCAGCUUACCGAGCUAAGGAAGAGUGUCGUGGCUACCUCAGCCACGAAGGUAGCAGUCGCGCUGCCUCCAGACGCCCCCACGCUCCCUGCAAGCACGUACGACGGCCUCAAGGAGGUCAACGCUUACGCUGCCUCGCAAGACAAGCUGGAUGUUCUGGUCCAGCACCUAGCCCUUAUUGGGGGCAACGACGAAAAGGACACCACACGCCGGAUCCUCUGUGCCCUUGUGCAGCAUGACCUUGCCCUCAGGUUGAGCUGGUGUGGGUCCGGGGGAAAGAAAGAAGCCUUUGGAGAUCCCCAAAACCUGCGUACCGUCGUGCUUCAUGCUGUCAGGUCAACAUGUUCUAUGGCUACGAAGACUUCUGUUGAAACCACCAUGAAGUCGUGGCUGGUCGCCGCACCGGAUCGAAACGGCGGGCGCAGCAAGCGGCGUGCUGCGGAUCAGCAGCCAACCAGUGCCACCCGUCAGCCACUGCAUGGCGCCCUGCCAAUGGCACUAUACCAGCCCAACGACCGACAUGGUUGGUGGCCGACCCAAAUCCGCCCUCGGCCACUGGUGUUCUGCCAAUGCCACCAUGCCAGCUCGGUGGCCGACCCAAUACCGCCCUUGGCCCUUAGUCUUCUGCCGGUGCCCGGCCAUUGGUGCCCAGCCGAUGCCUGA